GUGUCCUACGCCACUUGUAUUAGUGCUUUGGAGCUGAGCCACCAGUGGCCGCUGGCUGUACGCCUGCUACAGCGCAUGCGAGACCAUCAGAUCCGACCAAGCCUUGUGGCGUACAAUGCGACGAUGUCCGCGUGUGAGAGCAGCAGCCAAUGGGAGAGGAUUCUUUCGCUCUUCCAGACCCUACGUGACGACGGGCUAGAGCCAACACCGGUGACUGGUGAUGUUCUGCA